AUGUCGCGGCUGCCUGGCAUUCCCCUUAUCAAGAUAUAUAAGAAUAUGGACAAGGAGCGGCAAUCUGUGAUAUGUUCUGAGGUGGAGGCCGUUAUGAAGAUUCUGUGGGAGAUCAAGCAGCCAGUGGACAUUACUGGCCAGGUCAUGAUGAGUGCCUCCGGCGACGGUCUCCCCGAUCCUAUAUUUUUCUUCGAGGAACACUCCGGCCCUUUCCCGUCUGCACUUGCCUGCUAUGCCCACGUCUCCCGCCGCACGCCCGAGGAGUUCGAUGGGGACGUAGACAUCUCCGUGCAGAAGACUCUUGCCGCGGAUCCCAUUGUAUGGGUGCACACGGAUCUUCGCAUGCAGAACAUCUUCAUUAAGGAUGGCCAUGUUAGCGGUGUCAUCGACUGGGAGGACUCCGGCUGGUAUCCGUUGACAUGGCAGAUCCACGCUAUGCGUUGGUGGCACCGUGGAUGUAAUGGUUGGUGGCGCGGAUAUUGGUCAAUCAAUUACAGGUUCCCUGCAGUGUCGGAGCAUGCAUAUGAAUGUUCGUGCAAAGUUCUGACCUAUUCGGUGGUCUAG